AGAUUCGUCAUUCAAACCAGGAAAUUGUGGCUUUGUCUGAACAACAGGCUGAGAAGCGGAUGCCUCUGAACACUUCAGCUCAGAUCCCUUUUAUAUAAAUGUAGCUUGUUUUUUUUAAUGUGUGUGUGUGUGUGAGACAAGAUCAUCUCGUAAAAAUGAGUGAGGUGAGCUUGUGCCAGGCGCGAGCUACUGUCAUGUUGUACGAUGACGCGGGGAAGCGCUGGGUCCCUGCUGGUACUGGAGGUCAGGCUGUGAGCAGAGUACACAUCUACCAAAACCCCAGUUCCAACACCUUCAGAGUGGUGGGCCGAAAACUGCAGGCUGACCAGCAGGUUGUCAUUAACUGCCCACUUAUGAGAGGUAUAAAGUACAAUCAGGCCACUCCAAAUUUCCACCAGUGGCGAGAUGUACGGCAGGUGUGGGGCCUGAAUUUCGGUAGUAAGGAUGAAGCUAUGCAGUUUGCUAACACCAUGCUGCAUGCACUAGAUUUGGUCAACGGUGCAACUCCCUCCCGGCCUCCACCGAAUGGACCGAGUGUUGAAGAGCAGCAGAGACAGGAGCAGCAGGAGAGAGAAAGACAGGAGAGAGAGAGACAGGAACAGGAGCGGCUAGAGAGGCAGAGGCAGGCAGCCGCUCCACCAGCUGCACCUCCCGCUGCACCUCCCGCUCCUCCACCAGCUCCAGCUGCAGCUGCUCCUCCCGCUGGAGUUCCACCUCCACCUGGUCCUCCACCACCUCCCGGGCCUCCACCGGCUCCCCCUCCACCACCCGCUGAUGGGGCGCCACCUGCCCCCCCACCACCACCUUCAGGUGGAGGAGGAGGAGGUGGAGGUUUUGGUGGAGCCGGAGGACUAGCAUCAGCUCUUGCUGGGGCCAAACUCCGCAAAGUGUCCAAGGAUGAGAGUGGAUCUGGUGCUCCAGCACCAAAAGAGAGCAGCCAGAGCUCUGGAGGAGGAGGAGGAGGCGGCGGCGGUGGGGGAGGUGGAGGAGGGGGUGGCGGAGGGUUGAUGGGCGAGAUGAGUGCACUUCUCGCAAGAAGGCGCAAGGUAACAGAUACCCCAGUGGCGAAAAAAGAAGAUAACAAUGACAAUUCAUCCCCCUCUGAGAACAAGACAGAAGUUUGCAAGCCUUGGGAGAAGUCUGGUACCCUCCCACGCUCUAAUUCUGGCCCCAAGGGUCUUGAUAAGAGCCCUGCUCCAGCAUCAGCUCCAAUAAACAGGCAAAGGCCAGGCAGUAACGUGAGUGACACGGCUGCCAGAGAGAGCUUUGAUAUGGAGAAAUUCAAACAGGAAAUCCUGGAGGAGGUGCGCAAGGAACUGCAGAAAGUUAAGGAUGAAAUUAUUGGAGCGUUUAUAGAAGAGUUGCAGAAGGGAGGCGCCCCCUAGCGUCACAAUGAUGAAACAGCUUCUGCUUUGCGAUGCAAUAAAAAGUCCAAACAGUGUUGCACAUACAACCUUUUAUGCAAAUUCUUUCAAAAAGGCAUUUAUCUUACUUUUAGCUAUCCAACUGCAUUAUAUUGAUGUCUCAAUUUACAAAUGGGUGAAAAAAAAUUAAAAGAGAAAACAACGUAGUGUGAUAGUGUGUCUCAGUAAGAUGAUGGGUCGCCACAAGCUGCCAGAAGUCUUUGGAACUGUACUUGAGGGAUGAACACCAUUCUUCAAGAGGGCUCAAACCAAGCCAGCAAAAUGCUUCGUACACCAUAACAGAGAUUGUGUUUUCAUUUAAUUUGUCACCUGUCUGCAAAAUUCUCCAAUAAUACAUUCGACUAUUUUUAUUUUUAUUUUAUUCUGCCUAUCUCUUGUUCUAAUAUCUUAAGGUUUUCCUGUGUAUCUUUAAAACAUGCUUAUCAUCAGAGAGGCACAUUAUCCUUAUCUCAUACAUCCUAUAAAGCCAUCUUAUCUUAGGCCUUUCAAUGAAUUGUUGUGUACAUCCACAUAACUGAAAUGACAAGAAAAAGGUUACGCAGUAUUCUUGAUUAUUACAUUGUUAUUGUGGUAUUUUAUUCAGUUGUUGUAUUAUCUGAAAAUAAUAAUGAAGGCCAAUGAAGUGUUAGAUAUGUUUAUAAUGAAGUAAUUUUGCUGGUGGAAAGUCAGCUGUGUGUGUGGUGAUAAACUGGAUGAAUAUCAUCUUGCUGAUUUUUUUUCUUGCCUCAGGAAUUAGCAGAUGUUAAUAUAUGUGUACAUUUACACAAUUAAUUAUAUAUUUUUUUAAAAUUACAAAAUGACCCAUUGCUUAUGCUACUGCUGUGUUUGCUUUUUGUGUAUUUAUGUGCCUAUGUGUUUUUGUGGUUAAAAAAAAAAAAAAAAUUGUGAAAAGUUGAAAAAAGACUAUUGAAAAGUUGGUUGUAUUUUCAGAUAUUAUUGUUCAAUGGUACUGUUCAACAACUUGAGAUUUCAUAUGAUUAAUUUGAUUAAAAAUACCAUUUGUUAUUUAAGGGGUUAUGAAAUACAACCACAAUUUAUACCA